AUGAAUCCUUUGAACGAUCAAUUAGCAUCAUUAGAACAAAAGAGUUUUCGAAAAAAAUUUAUUCGUCGAAAACUUGAACCAGAUAAAGGAAAAAAUGACAUUUCAAACCCAAUAAAGAAUCGACGAGAAAAGAUAAGCGAAUUUUUAAUCGCUGCUCGUGAUAGUUUGAUUCAAGUUAAAAAACAAUAUUAUACUUCCUCAUCAACAAAAACGAAGGGUGACAAAGAACAUGAUAGAAUAACAAUAAAUAUUAGUGGUAAACGUUAUCAAACAUAUUUAUCUAUAUUUGAAAAUUAUCCAAAUACAUUAUUGGGUAAUAAACAAAAACGAAUGGAUUAUUGGAAUGAACAAGAAAAUGAAUAUUUUUUUGAUCGUCAUCGAGCUUGUUUUGAAGCAAUACUUUACUAUUAUCAAUCAAAUGGACGUCUUCGUCGACCAGAUUAUGUUCCUUUAGAUACAUUUUUGGAAGAAGUUUCAUUUUUUGAUUUAGGCCCACAAGCUAUAUCAGAAAUUGGCAAGUCAGAAAAUGUUUCCAUUGCUAAAUAUAUCCAAUUACCAAAUUGGUUUUGGCGUCGUUAUAUUUGGGUUCAUCUUGAAUAUCCUCAACAUUCAAGGUUUGGUCGAAUUCUUCAUUUUAAUUCAAUGCUAUUAACUGUUUUAUCCUGUGUUUCAUUAGCUGUUGAAACCUUACCAAAAUAUAAUCAAGAAUAUAAUGUAUGUGAAAAUAAAAGCAAUGCGACAUUAAACACAACUAAUGUCCCAUUAUGUUCAGAAAAUUUUUCGUCGCCAUUUUUUAUAAUUCAAACAAUAUGUGUAUCAUAUUUUACCAUUGAAUUUAUUUUACGCUUACUUAGUGCACCAUCCUAUUAUAAAUUCGCCUUAUCGAUAUAUAAUUGGGUUGAUUUAAGUGCUAUCAUUCCUUAUUUUGUAAUCUUAGGUCUUGAAUUAAGCCAUCAAAAAUCGAAAGUAGAUGCAAGUUUGAUAUCCGGUUUACGUGCAUUUCGAAUAUUACGAUUUUUACGUCUAAUGAAAAUUUAUUUAAUUUUUACUCAAUUGAAGUCAUUACGCGUUCUUAGCGCAACCUUGAAAGAAUCAUUUGUGGAUUUUAUUAUUUUCAUUAUUAUAUUGGCUUUAUUGGCUUUUCUAUUUGGAACUGGCACUUAUUUUGCAGAAGGAAGUAGUAACGGUCAAAUGUUUGAUUCGAUUCCAAAAGCAACUUAUUGGGGUAUAAUAACUAUAACAACGGUUGGAUAUGGGGAUAUGUAUCCUACAACAGUAAUUGGCCGAAUUCUAGCUUGCACAUGUGCUUAUUUUGGUGUUGCAACAAGUGGAAUACUUGUAUCAAUACUUGUAGACCGUUAUCAACGUGUUUAUAAUCGUAAAAGAUUUUUUCCUGACCAUGUUAUAUCAGCAAUCGAUCCAUGUGAAAGUGAGCAUGAUGAAAAACAAGAUUUUAUAAAUAGAAAAUUAAGUGAAACUAAAAACGUUUUGUCAAAUAAACAACAUCCAGCACCGGCAUCAGCCUCUUCAAUAUAUUUAUCAAUCAAUAAUAAAAAAUCUCUACGACAUAAUCGUUCAGCAGCUUCUGUUCGAUUGAUUAUUUCGUUUGCUGAUAAUGAAAUGAAUGAUAAAUCGAUGGAUCGAAUUGCCAAUGAAAUUAUGGAAGAAUUAACAGACGCAGUAAAAAAUAGUGAAGAUAAGAUUAAAUUUAAAUUAAUUAAGCGUAAAACAGACCAUUUACAUAAUGACAUGACAACUUGA